UUAUUACAUAAACAUCUUACAACAUCAAUAUUCUUUUGAUCUAACCCUAUAUAUUUUCACCCCUUACACUAGAUUUACUUAACCAUGGCUAUGAGAAUUGAUUUGAUGAUCAUUCUAAUUACACUGUUCUUUGUAGUUAGCAUGUUUAGCUCUCAAGCAACCGCUCGCAGCCAGCCAAAACUACCCCUGUCUGAGAGACACGAGCAGUGGAUGGCGCGUCAUGGACGCGUUUACAAGGACGAAACAGAAAAAGGAAAACGGUUCAUGAUUUUCAAAGAAAACAUGAAAUUCAUCGAGUCGAUCAAUAAGGCAGGGAAUCUGUCUUACAAGUUAGGCAUCAAUGAAUUUGCAGAUAUUACUUCAGAAGAGUUUUUGGCUAGGUUUACAGGAUUAAACAUGCCUUCACACCCGUCACCUUCUCCAAUGUCAUCGACGGAAUUUAUGAUUAAUGAUCUAAGUGAUGAUGACAUCCCGUCUAAGUUGGACUGGAGAGAGAAUGGGGCUGUCACUCAAGUGAAGAAUCAAGGUCAAUGUGGAUGUUGCUGGGCGUUUUCUGCGGUUGGAGCACUAGAAGGAGCGUACAAAAUUGCAACAGGCCAAUUGGUUGAACUCUCUGAGCAAGAACUUCUCGAUUGCACCACCAACAACAGGGGCUGUAAUGGAGGUUUCAUGACCUAUGCAUUUGACCUCAUCAUAGAAAAUGGUGGAAUUUCAACUGAAUCAGACUAUGCAUACCAAGGGCAACAAUACACAUGCAGAAGCCAAGAGGUGACGCCGGCAGUGCAAAUAAGUAGCUAUCAAGUUGUGCCUGAAAGUGAAACAUCACUAUUACAAGCCGUAACUAAACAACCGGUGUCAAUUGGAAUUGCUAGUAGCAAAGAGUUUCAAUUUUACUCAGGAGGAACUUAUCAGGGAAGUUGUGCCGAUCACAUUAACCAUGCUGUUACGGCUAUAGGAUAUGGAACUGAUGAGCAGGGUCAGAAAUAUUGGUUGUUGAAGAAUUCAUGGGGAACAACUUGGGGUGAGAAUGGAUUUAUGAAAAUUAUAAGAGAUACUGGAAAUCCUGGAGGUCAUUGUGACAUCACCAAGUUGUCUUCUUAUCCAAUCAUAUCAUAGUCUCAAACAAGGAAACAUUCUAUGUUUUAAUUUCUAAUAUGCUGUAGUAUUAAGAAUUGAAAGAAAAUAUUGAUUGUGUGCAUGCAAAAACUUUUUGCAUGCAGUAUUUGAGUCUUCUGUAUUAGUUGGAACUUUAUGAAAUUAUUAAAAAGCGUAUUGAAUUAAUAUGGGAAAUCCUAUCUUAUUAGACAUA